AUGAAUACUGGAUUUAUAAACCAACUUUGGGCCGAUGCAUUUCCGCCACAAACCAUAGUAGAUUUAUGUGGGAAUCGCGAUAAAGUCGGUGCAAUUCAUAAUUGGCUUAAAGAAGCCUUUGCUGUAAUGGGAAAUAGACAGGAGUCUAAUAGAAAGCUAGGUGGUAGAAUUUUAGUACUGAGUGGUCCGACAGGCACAGGAAAGUCAGCCGCCAUUCAAGUACUUGCGAAACAGAAGAAAAUAUUUCUCGCCAAAUAUGAAAAUCCGGAAUUUGAAAACGAGCUUAGAACUGAAGAAGUAUCCGAUCUCGGAGAUAAACUAGACGACUAUACGUCAGUUUUAACCACCUUUAAAAAAUUUGUAUAUAAAUGCAAACAGGAUUUAAGUUUUUUAGCGCCUUCCGAUUCCCAAAUUCUAUUAUUUGAAGAAUGGCCAGAUCUUCUGAGUUUAGAAACAAGAAAGGAGUUUCACGAUUUUUUGAUCUCUGAUUAUUUUAAUGAUCUUGGUGCUAUGUAUCCUAUGGUCUUCAUAUUAUCUGAGUACUUUACAAGGUUUGACACCACAAAUCUUGAAAUGAGUGUUCAUGAUUAUGAUCUCUCUUUAAAUGCGCUUUUGCCAGAAGAAAUCCUUAGUAAUCCAAUAAAAUUUAAAGAAAUAAGGUUCAAUAGUUUGCCAAAACCUGAUAUCGAACGUGGUCUGAUUCGAAUUUCGAAGUUAAUUUCCUGUGGAUAUCCACAAGAUUUAUUUGGGAUUCCGUAUGAAAUAUUUAAGAGGAUUGCUGAAAUUAUUGGCGAGGAAAGUAAUGGUGAUAUAAGACGCGCAAUAAAUGAAUUUCAAUACUUAUGGACUACCGAACGAAGAAAAAUAGCACAAGCAAUCCAAAGGGGAUUAACAAUUAAUAAUAUAAUGCCGGGCAAUGGACCUGAAAAGUACAUGAGUCUACGCAAUAAUUUAUUUCGAAUACUUUCAGGUGAACAGUUGACUGUUCCUGGACACAGGGAAGAUACUAAAUUUUUUACUGCAAAUUUAUCACGGGAACCAGAAAUGAUUAUUAAUUACCUUCACCUGAGCUAUCCAAAUUUUUUCAAGAAUUUCGAUGGAACACUUUCUCCUGAUCAUUUUUACGAUGUUUAUCGAAUUUCAGAAAGUUUUAUGCAUUAUUCAACAUUUAUGGGCUCAAAACCCUUCGAGCGAAAAAAUGAGAUUGGUCCAACAGCUAUCGACAUGGUCCUACGAACAUUCUUGAACCGUCAUUCUUUGCCUCUUCCUGAUACAUCUGAUAAGAAGAUAACAUUCAAACUUCCUAAUCAAGAUAUUGAGUUCAGGCAAGUCAUGUCAAGAAAAAUGCAACAGCCUAAUAUAAAAUCAACGAGAAUUGGCGGGACGAAAAGAAAAUCCUAUAGUUGA